CCAAGCCGUGCCGGGGAGCCGAGAACCCCGACCCUGCCGCCCUGCCCCCGGAGAGGCCGGCGGAGAGGCAGGCGGGGACAGGCGCUGUCGCGGGGGCCGACAGAGCAUGCGCGGAGCCGGAAGAGGGCGGGAUGGUGGCGGCUCCGGCAGGCUACGGGAGCAGGUGUUCUCUCUCUGGCUUCCCAUGUCCUGUUACCAGGAGGAUUUCCUCAAAGAGUACGUCAAGAUGGUGGUGAAUAUUGUCUUCCUGAACUUGCUCAUUUGUAUUUCUCUGGUUUUCUGGAUCGUGUCCAUGAUUACAAACAUGUAUUACGGUACUGCACAACCCAUUUCUCCGUGGCGCUGGCUUUUUUCAGUUUUUGUUCCACUAAUAAUUGCUACACAGGGGCUUAGGAAGAAGAGUCUUGACCACAGUGGUGCAUUGGGAGGUCUGGUGGUUGGAUUUAUCCUUACAAUUGCAAAUUAUAGUUUCUUCACUUCUUUGUUUGUUUUUUUUGUUACUUCUUCAAAACUUACUAAGUGGAAAAAAGAUCUGAAGAGGCAAAUAGAUUCAGAAUACAAAGAAGGUGGACAGAGGAAUUGGGUGCAAGUGUUCUGUAAUGGUGGUGUUCCUACUGAGGUGGCUGUCUUAUAUAUGAUAGAAAAUGGACCAGGUGAAAUUCCAAUCGACUUCUCAAAGCAAUAUACAGCCUCAUGGAUGUGCUUAUCCCUUUUGGGAGCUUUGGCAUGCUCUGCUGGUGAUACUUGGGCUUCGGAGAUAGGUAGCGUUAUGAGUAAAAGCAAGCCAAGGUUAAUAACAACUUGGGAAAAGGUUCCAGUAGGUACUAAUGGAGGAAUUACUUUAGUGGGUCUGCUCUCAAGUUUGCUUGGAGGCAUGGCAGUAGGUAUAGCCUAUUUCAUAACACAGCUCAUUUUUGUGAGUGAUCUGGAGAUAUCUGCUCCACAGUGGCCUCUUAUUGUGUUUGGUGCAGCAGCAGGCUUACUGGGAUCAAUAGUGGAUUCAUAUUUGGGAGCUACAAUGCAAUACAGUGGUUUUGAUGAGAAUAUUGGCAUGGUUGUUAACCACCAAACAAAAGACUCCAAGCACAUAUCUGGAAAACCUAUAUUAGACAACAAUGCAGUAAAUCUUUUUUCUUCUGUAAUCAUAGCUUUGGUGCUUCCAGGCAUGGCGUUGUGUUUCUGGCCCAGACGCUGAAAUACUUUAAGGUUUUCUGCAUGUGAUUCAGUUAUGUUCAGUCUUCCUCACAGACUCCAAAAAGCUGUCUUUGAAUGCUCUUGAAAAGAGGGAUCUGAAACUUGCAGAGCCAAAGCACUUUCCAUCUUAACUUUCUAAGGCUGUAAGUUUUGCAUUGCACCUGGCAUCUCUGGGAGGAAGAAAGGAGUUUUGUCAGUAUGCUCUUGCUGCUCUGUAAAUGGAUGUAGAUCCUUGCCAGGUGACAUGAAGCACUGCACCCUUAUGGAGCUGAAGGGUUGACCUCUGUUCUCUGCAGUCCCCAGCACCUGGAAGGGAAAGAAGCUGGAAACAGAAGUCUAAUCUACAUCUCUCAGAGCACUGUGGCUGUUGUCCAAGCCAGACACAAAGAACUCUGCAGACUUAUGUAGACAGUAGUGAUGUGGGUGAAAUGGGUGAAUUCUGGUAUUUCCCAUGAUCUAGACUCUGUAAGGCUUUAUGGAAAUAUUUUUAGGGGAAGGCGGGGAGGGAAGAGAGAAGUCAGUCUUGUUGCCUGUUCUGUAUCCUAAUACUGUCACCACCUCCCUGAGAACAGGGUUGGCAAAAGUAAUUUCACUAUGUAACAUUUGAAGCAAAAGAUGAAAUUUAAAAUAAAAACUCACUAGUUCUUCCAUUAAGAAUAAUAAAUUUGAUUGUGCUCUACUGACAUCUUUAUUUCCAGACUAGUGAUACCAAUACUGUGGUACUUACUAAAUCAUCUAAAAUUAAAGAUUACAGUUGUAAAUUUACACUAACCUCUUUAGAACAUUUUUUAUAAUGAGCAUGCAAUUGUUUCAGAAUGUUAAGCAUUCUGACAAAAUUAGACUCUUUCAUUCUUUGUCAGCAGAGGAAGUUUUCCCCAUUUUGUUUGGGGUUGCUCUUCAGAGAUGAUAGCCUCAGCCAAAGAAACAAGAGAGGUUAUAGGGAAUGGGAAGCCUCACCUAUAAACUGUUAUAAAAUGGGAAUUUAAUUUUUGGUCCUCAGGCUUCUGUGUUAGGUGAUUCCAUCUUCUAUCAUUAAUUUGUAAAACAGGUAAAAGAAAUUUGGCCAGCACUGUAUUUAAACUUUAGAGAUACUGUUAAUAAUAACCUGUAACCAUCAACAUUUAAAUGAUGAGACCAAUACUCUUAACUUUUCAUCUGAGAAGAUAGGUGAGUAUUUUGUAUUAAACAUCUGGGGUUUUGUUUUUUGGAUUUUUUUGGUUGGUUGGGUUGGGGGGUUUUGGAGGGUUUUUGUUUGUUUGUGGUUGUCUCAUGUAUGUUGCCUAUCUUAAUUCACUUGAAUUGUGCAAUAUGUCAUAUUUUAUGAGAAUAUUAAAAAAUUUAACACCUUUCAUAUCGAGUUUACUCUUUUGAAAGCCUGUCUAUAUAAAUCUGGAAUUUUAUCUCUGGAAUCAGCUCACUGUAUUAUCCAAUCAUACAGAUGAGAUUUCAAACUAGUAGAAACUUUCUGAAAAGAACAAACUGUGUGGCUGUUGUAUGUCUGUUCCUGUGGAAAAGCCUAAAAUUACAAAAGGAAUAUAUGCACUUAAACUGUAAUAAUAAGCACCUGAGAUUUUCAUUCAUCACUUGGAUUUGUAUUGCUUCUAAAUAAAAACUGUAUUAGUU